AUGGCGGGCAAAAUGACAUUGUAUAAGCUGGUGGUGCUGGGAGAUGGAGGCGUUGGCAAGACAGCACUCACAAUUCAGCUCUGUUUAAAUCAUUUCGUCGAAACAUAUGACCCGACCAUUGAAGACUCAUAUCGCAAGCAAGUUGUCAUCGACCAGCAAUCGUGUAUGCUUGAAGUUCUCGACACCGCCGGGCAAGAAGAGUACACUGCGCUUCGGGACCAGUGGAUUCGCGAUGGCGAAGGAUUCGUACUGGUUUAUAGCAUCACCUCGCGCGCCUCGUUUAGUCGCAUCACCAAAUUCUACAACCAGAUCCAGAGAGUGAAGGAAUCGGCCAACUCGGGUUCUCCGACUGGUGCCAGCUACCUCGGUUCCCCUCUGACAGGACCUUCUCUAGGAGUUUCCUCCGGCCCGGUGCCAGUGAUGUUGGUUGGUAACAAAAGUGACAAGACGGUAGAACGAGCGGUUUCUGCACAAGAAGGUUCGGCUCUAGCCAAGGAGCUCGGUUGCGAAUUCGUGGAGGCAUCGGCGAAGAACUGCAUCAAUGUGGAAAAAGCGUUUUAUGAUGUCGUUCGACUCCUGCGCCAACAGCGACAGCAACAACACGGCGGUGGUCGAUUGCAAGAACGACGGACGACAGGUUUUCCUGGUCAACACCGUGACCGCGAUGCGAAUCCGGAAUACCCUCGAACGUUCCGAACUGAUCGUGCCCGGCAACAUCGGGGUGGAAUUAGAUGCGUUGUUCUAUGA